UUCAGUUCCCUCCAUUCCCAAUCUGUAAUUUCUAAAAUUCCCCAAAUUCGAGGUCGCAGUUCCGAUGGCUGACCAGCCGCGCAAACCCCCAAUUCAACCCCAAACCACCUCUAAAAGGCAAUGGUCUCUCGCUGAUUUCGACGUCGGCAAACCCCUCGGCAAAGGUAAAUUCGGCAGAGUGUAUCUAGCUCGCGAAAUCAAGAGCAAGUAUAUCGUUGCGUUAAAAGUGAUAUUCAAGGAGCAAAUCGAGAAGUAUGGCUUGCAGCACCAGUUGCGGAGGGAAAUGGAAAUCCAAACCGCCCUCCGCCACCCCAAUGUGCUGAGGCUUCACGGAUGGUUUCACGACGAUGAGCGGAUUUUUUUAAUUUUGGAGUAUGCUCACGGCGGCGAGCUCUACCGAGAGCUUCGAAAAUUGGGACACCUCUCCGAGACACAGGCUGCCACGUAUAUACAUAGUCUCACGAAGGCUCUGGCAUACUGUCAUGAUAAGCAUGUGAUUCACAGAGAUAUCAAGCCGGAAAAUUUGUUGCUUGAUCAUGAGGGUCGGGUCAAAAUAGCAGACUUCGGUUGGUCUGUACAGUCCAGAAGUAAAAGACACACCAUGUGUGGAACCUUGGACUAUUUAGCUCCAGAAAUGGUGGAGAAAAAGGCGCAUGAUUAUUCUGUUGAUAACUGGACAUUAGGAAUUCUGUGCUACGAGUUUUUAUAUGGUGUCCCUCCAUUUGAGGCCGAAAGCCAGAUGGAUACAUUCAAAAGGAUAGUGAAGAUUGAUUUGACCUUUCCUUCCACCCCUGAUGUUUCAGCAGAAGCUAAAGAUCUCAUUAGCAGGCUUCUUGUGAAGGAUUCAUCAAAAAGAUUGUCCCUCCAGAAGAUAAUGGAACAUCCUUGGAUCGUGCAGAAUGCCAACCCUUUGGGGAUCUGCCCAAAUUAGCAUUAUCCAAUCUUUUUGCUAAUUUGACUUAACUAGCUAACAUAUUUCUAAAUUCAGUGAGAAGAUAUAGAAUCAUCACCUUGUCAUUACAUCCUUUAAUAUUUGCCUUGUAUUAUCUAGUUUAAAUUCAUCAUUGUAAAGUCUGGAUUCAGAGUUACUUUAUUCUAGUAGUGCUUACAUAAAGCUGUAGUCUUUGCCUUUA